CUGGGGAGAGAGCAGGGACAGCAAGCCGGGCGGAUGCGGCAGCAGCGUAGGGCGGCUGGGGAGACGCUACUCCAACUGUUGAAUUGAAUUUUCACCUUUCAUUUCCUUCGAUGCUUUGCUUGCGGAGAUGGAUUUAUUUGCUUUGAAAUCGGCACGUCUUUCGCAGGCUGAGGGCUGAUCCAGGCAGACAACAGACUGAAAGAGACCACCCGUGACAGAAAAAAGGAGGAAAAAAACAAAAACAAAAACCUCCACAACAGACUGCACAAUUAACUAUGCACAUCAGGGCUGGACUUUUUGAAUAGAGAACACUGAGAGGAAAAUUGUGAACUGUGACGCGCGGCUAAGCUGUGGACAGCCACUGGAAAUCUGAUUAUUAUUAUUUUUUUCUUUUUCCGAGACUCUGAAAGAUUUGGGGGGUGCCUUCCACCUAACAAAUAUAAGAUAUUAAAAAUAAAUACUCUCAGCGAAGCAGGCGGCUUGUUUUCCCGAGCCUCGGACUCCUGCAGACAGAGGUAGAGUAAAAGUACUGCUGGAUUCAGCUUCACCUUUCUCCCGCCCUCCCUGCCUUUCUCUCGCUUUUGCUUUUUUCUCCAAAACAUGAAUCUGGUUUUUCCUUUCUAUUGAGUGAGUCAGAAAGCGUUAGGAAGAAGCCGCAACUAAUGUCUGUGAAGGCAGGACCAUGAGGCGAGAGUGAAUGCGAUUCGUUCCGCUGCUUCUGACUCAUCCGGCGUAUUGGAACACCUGCAUUUCUGGAUGUGUCAUUCCCGUAUGCCGAGGCGCCUGGAGACCCCAAAAUAAUGGGUAGUCAGACCUGUGCCUAGCAGCCCUUCGGAGGUCGCUCCCCCGGGGGUGGGCGCCCCUGGCUGGACCGCCGCGGCCGCGCCAACUCACCCCUCGCCCUCCCCGAGAUGCCCGGAGAGACCGUGUGAGAGCGAGACUGCAGAAUGCAUCACGCCAAACCUGGAUGUGGGUUUCUUUCAUCCAACCCACUCCUCGUACUAUCAUAAAAAAUAAAAUAAAAAAAAGAUUAAUCAAAAGAAUUAAAAGAAAAUCCGCACUCUGUUCGCUUCAAUUAUUCACCACUUUUAUUCCUCGCCAAGGCUUUCCUUUCUAGAUGAAGAGGACUGGGAGGCAGGGCCAUUGGAAGAAGAUGCUGAAUAGAAAGAAAAGAGAGGCACUUGACAGCCCAGCCCUGUGAAUGCAGAGACUGUUUCCCUUCCAGAGAGAGACAGGGAGAGUGUGUGUGCUAGGACGGGGACGGUGGCUCCCCCUUCCUUUUUAUUCCGCCUCGCCCUCCCCCUUCCAAUCUGCACGUCCAACCAUGAGUUGCCUGUUGAUUUCCUUUCGGCUGGGAAGAAAAGCAAACUGGAAUUAAACUGCAUCGAGACAAGUCCUCGCUCGCGGAGAGAGGAUGGGAUGGUAGCGGCGGCUACUGGCUUGUCGUAGAGAAAUCACACAGAGUGUGUGUUCUACGAAAAGAGGGGGAGAGAUAUAGACAGAUAUAGGUAUAGAUAUCGAUUUCUUCCCCCUUCCCAAUAGACUCACACUGCAAACGCCGAUCAGACUGUGGCUUUCUAGAUUUCGGGGGACAGCCUUUUCCGUGGAAGAGAGGGAGGAGUCUGGUGGAGGGAGGAAACUACAAAUCGGGACACUAGUUCUUUGAGCUGCAUUUCCUCCCCUCCCUUUGGCUGGUCGGAAAGGAGAGAGAGAAAAAUACCCUUGGCUGGGAGAUGCAGUCCGCCGCCACCGCUGCCUCUGCCAGCAAUGCCAGAUUAGAUCUCUAAAUGCAGCAAAACCCUGCCUGAAAACAGACCAGCCCGCGCCGCCAGCAGACAUUUCACAGGGCGUCGCGGAAGCUUCAAAAUAUAUCAGUGACUCUGUCGUAUCUCCUCAUCCCCAUCAAUUUUAUUCACGGGAGCCGAGUAACAAGUAAGGAUUUCACUUCCUCUUCUGACUGGAGACACACCUCCCCGCUCCCUCCCAUACUCGAUGUGAGGAGUCUUCCCGAGCCUGCGGACCGGAGAGGAUUUCCAGCGCCCUAGAGGGAGCGAGAAAAACCUGCGGAUUCUUUAGCUCAUUAUCAUCCCUCCCGGACGCGAUUUCCUUCCCGGAGCCGGCCUCCUCGCUCAAGUUUGCGCCGCCCGAAGUCCAAGCCCGAGAGACACAGCCCCGGGCUCGCCCCCAGCCGCAGGGAGCCGCCGGCUCGCCCAGUGCCCCUGCAGCUCCUCUUCGCCGCUGCUUCUCGCCCAGUGCGGAUGCUGUAGAUCAACAGGUUCGGGGAACUUGAGCGGAAUAAGGAGAGACCGCCCGGUGCCGCAGCCGGGGCGCGGAAAGAAGGGAGGACCCGCAAGCUCGCUGCGCGCGCGCACGCUGCGCCCGGGCCCCAGGCUGGCGCGCACCCACCCGCUAGCCCCACCAGUCCGGCUGCUCCCGACCCCACUUCACCGGUCUGGGAUGUACCUUUCCAUCUGUUGCUGCUUCCUCCUCUGGGCCCCUGCCCUGACGCUCAAAAACCUUAACUACUCCGUGCCGGAGGAGCAAGGCGCCGGCACGGUGAUCGGUAACAUCGGUAAGGAUGCUCGGCUGCAGCCAGGGCUUCAGCCCGCGGAGCGUGGCGGCGGCGGCGGCGGCGGCGGCGGCGGCGGCGGGCGGAGCAAGUCUGGUAGCUACCGGGUGCUGGAGAACUCGGCGCCACACCUGCUGGACGUGGAUGCCGACAGCGGACUCCUCUACACCAAACAGCGUAUCGACCGCGAGUCCCUGUGCCGCCACAAUGCCAAGUGCCAGCUGUCCCUCGAGGUGUUUGCCAAUGACAAGGAGAUCUGCAUGAUCAAGGUGGAGAUCCAGGACAUCAACGACAACGCUCCCUCCUUCCCCUCGGACCAGAUCGAGAUGGACAUCUCUGAGAACGCGGCCCCCGGCACCCGCUUCCCGCUCACCAGCGCGCACGACCCCGACGCCGGCGAGAACGGGCUCCGCACCUACCUGCUCACACGGGACGACCAUGGCCUCUUCGCUCUGGACGUCAAGUCCCGCGGCGACGGCACCAAGUUCCCGGAGCUGGUCAUCCAGAAGGCGCUGGACCGCGAGCAGCAGAACCACCACACGCUGGUGCUGACCGCCCUGGAUGGCGGCGAGCCGCCGCGCUCGGCCACCGUGCAGAUCAACGUGAAGGUGAUCGACUCUAACGACAACAGCCCUGUCUUCGAGGCGCCCUCUUACCUGGUGGAGCUGCCCGAGAACGCCCCUCUGGGCACCGUGGUCAUCGAUCUGAAUGCCACCGACGCCGACGAAGGCCCCAACGGCGAAGUGCUCUACUCCUUCAGCAGCUACGUGCCCGACCGCGUGCGGGAGCUCUUCUCCAUCGACCCCAAGACCGGCCUGAUCCGAGUCAAGGGCAACCUGGACUAUGAGGAGAACGGAAUGCUGGAGAUCGACGUGCAGGCACGAGACCUGGGGCCCAAUCCCAUCCCGGCCCAUUGCAAGGUCACGGUUAAGCUCGUCGACCGCAACGACAACGCGCCGUCCAUCGGUUUCGUCUCGGUGCGCCAGGGGGCGCUGAGCGAAGCCGCCCCUCCCGGCACCGUCAUCGCCUUGGUGCGGGUCACCGACCGCGACUCGGGCAAGAACGGGCAGCUUCAGUGCCGCGUCUUGGGCGGAGGAGGGCCGGGAGGCGGCGGCCUGGGCGGGCCCGGGGGCUCCGUGCCCUUCAAGCUCGAGGAGAACUAUGAUAACUUCUACACGGUGGUGACUGACCGCCCGCUGGACCGCGAGACCCAAGACGAGUACAACGUGACGAUCGUGGCGCGGGACGGGGGCUCGCCCCCCCUCAACUCCACCAAGUCGUUCGCCGUCAAGAUCCUGGACGAGAAUGACAACCCCCCUCGUUUCACCAAGGGGCUCUACGUGCUGCAGGUGCACGAGAACAACAUCCCCGGGGAGUACCUGGGCUCCGUGCUCGCCCAGGAUCCCGACCUGGGCCAGAACGGCACGGUGUCCUACUCCAUCCUGCCCUCGCACAUCGGCGACGUGUCCAUCUACACCUACGUGUCUGUGAACCCCACCAAUGGGGCCAUCUACGCCCUGCGCUCCUUCAACUACGAGCAGACCAAGGCUUUUGAGUUCAAGGUGCUCGCUAAGGACUCGGGGGCGCCCGCGCACUUGGAGAGCAACGCCACCGUGAGGGUGACCGUGCUGGACGUGAACGACAACGCGCCGGUGAUCGUGCUACCCACGCUGCAGAACGACACGGCCGAGCUGCAGGUGCCGCGCAACGCCGGCCUGGGCUACCUGGUGAGCACCGUGCGCGCCCUCGACAGCGACUUCGGCGAGAGCGGGCGCCUCACCUACGAAAUCGUGGACGGCAACGACGACCACCUGUUCGAGAUCGACCCGGCCAGCGGCGAGAUCCGCACGCUGCACCCCUUCUGGGAGGACGUGACGCCGGUGGUGGAGCUGGUGGUGAAAGUCACCGACCACGGCAAGCCCACCCUGUCGGCGGUGGCCAAGCUCAUCAUCCGCUCGGUGAGCGGGUCCCUGCCCGAGGGCGUGCCCCGGGUGAACGGGGAGCAGCACCACUGGGACAUGUCGCUGCCGCUCAUCGUGACUCUGAGCACUAUCUCCAUCAUCCUCCUAGCGGCCAUGAUCACCAUCGCCGUCAAGUGCAAGCGCGAGAACAAGGAGAUCCGCACCUACAACUGCCGCAUCGCCGAGUACAGCCACCCGCAGCUGGGCGGGGGCAAGGGCAAGAAGAAGAAGAUCAACAAAAAUGAUAUCAUGCUGGUGCAGAGCGAGGUGGAGGAGAGGAACGCCAUGAACGUCAUGAACGUGGUGAGCAGCCCCUCCCUGGCCACCUCCCCCAUGUACUUUGACUACCAGACCCGCCUGCCCCUCAGCUCUCCCCGGUCCGAGGUGAUGUAUAUCAAACCGGCCUCCAACAACCUAACUGUCCCUCAGGGGCACGCGGGCUGCCACGCCAGCUUCACCGGACAAGGGACUAAUGCGAGCGAGACCCCUGCCCCUCGGAUGUCCAUAAUUCAGACAGACAAUUUUCCCGCAGAGCCCAAUUACAUGGGCAGCAGGCAGCAGUUUGUUCAAAGUAGCUCCACGUUUAAGGACCCAGAAAGAGCCAGCCUGAGAGACAGUGGGCACGGGGACAGUGAUCAGGCUGACAGUGACCAAGACACUAACAAAGGCUCCUGCUGUGACAUGUCUGUUAGGGAGGCACUCAAGAUGAAAACGACUUCAGCUAAAAGCCAGCCACUUGAACAAGAACAAGAAGAGUGUGUUAAUUGCACAGAUGAAUGCCGAGUGCUUGGUCAUUCUGACAGGUGUUGGAUGCCCCAGUUCCCUGCAGCCAAUCAGGCUGAAAACGCAGAUUACCGCACAAAUCUCUUUGUACCCACAGUUGAAGCUAAUGUGGAGACUGAGACUUACGAAACUGUGAAUCCCACUGGGAAAAAGACUUUUUGUACAUUUGGAAAAGACAAGCGAGAGCACACUAUUCUCAUUGCCAAUGUUAAACCUUAUUUAAAAGCCAAACGUGCCCUGAGCCCUCUCCUCCAGGAGGUCCCCUCAGCCUCAAGCAGCCCAACCAAGGCAUGUGUUGAGCCUUGCACCUCAACCAAAGGCUCUCUGGAUGGUUGUGAAGCAAAACCAGGAGCCCUGGCCGAAGCAAGCAGCCAGUACUUGCCCACUGACAGUCAAUAUCUGUCGCCCAAUAAGCAGCCAAGAGACCCUUCCUUCAUGGCCUCCGACCAGAUGGCCAGGGUCUUUGCGGAUGUGCAUUCCAGAGGCAGCCGGGAUUCCAGUGAGAUGGGCGCUGUUCUUGAGCAGCUGGACCACCCCAGCAGGGAUCUGGGCAGAGAGUCCGUGGAUGCGGAGGAAGUCGUGAGAGAAAUUGAUAAGCUUUUGCAGGACUGCCGAGGAAAUGACCCUGUGGCUGUGAGAAAGUGAACAACAAACAAACAAACAAACAAAGCAUUGGCGUUUUCUUGUCUCUUCUGUUGAUUUAAAAAUUAUCCCUCCUGGUGACAACCGGUUUGACUGGGAUGAAGAAAGACCAAUGCUGCUUUAAGGCUUUUAGUGAACAUCUGAAGUGCCCACAAGUAUGUUCUUUUCACUGCUGUUUCUUUUUCAGCGAUAACAAUGGUUUUGUUUUGACCAAACUUAUAUUAGGACAGAGUUAAUGAUGCUUAAAGAGGAAAGGAAACAUUGAAAAAGAGAAGAAUGAGGAGAGAAGAAAAAGAGGAUGAGGAGGCAAGUUACCUUUUGACAAUCUGUUAGGAAGGUAUGCGGUGUGAGAACUGAAGUAUUUGUGAUCACUCUGAGACUGUCCUCCGUGAUUUAUGCUGACUUAACUGUUUACCUAUAAACCCCAAUCAAAAGCAGGGUCAGAAUUUAUGAUCUGUGGUGGGUUUCUAGCCAUCAUCACAGGCUUCUACUGAACGUCCCAAAAAGACCUUGCAGUAGUCCAAGCUACACCAAACAUUAACACAUAUCUGUGGUAAACAUUUCUGUAUAAAGUUACCUGCCACACAUAUAAACACUGAAAACAUUCCAUGUCAUUAGUCCAAGAAAAAAAAAAAAAAAUCUGGGUCAUUUGUAAGACACCUCAUGUCGUAUAAAAGUUAAAUGUAAAGAGAUAUAGUCCAUUUUGUCCUGCACACACAUAGGCUAAUUCACUUCAUUAAGAGGGAAGAAAAUUUCAAGAUUUAAAAUGCCUAUUCAGCAUUUUAGUGUCCAACAAAGAUAUAAGUAAUGAUGGAUAUGUUUUAAACUGGACAUAGAAAAAUUCUGAGAUGUAGUUACAGAAUGAAUGGUAAUAUUCAGAGAAAAUUAACAUAAUUAAUAUUUUUAUUAAUUUGUGGACACUAAAAUAGCUCAGGAAAGUGAAAAUGUCUUAGACAAACACAAAUCACAUGACCAUUUAAAUGUGCAAAUGUAAGAAGAUUCAAUGUGUUUACAUCAAAUGACAUAUUUUUAUUGAUUUAUUGCAGAUUCAGUGCAUAUGAGCCAAAUUGUUGAGUGUAUAAGAGCUAUAUUGUGUAUUUUAUUAAAUUAAUAUAUAGUUGUGUUGCAAAAAUAUUUGGGCUUAUAUUGUAAAUGGCAAGUGUUGCCUUCGGUAGCUGUCGAACUCUAUGAGUUUUGUUUUUUUCUGCUUCCUUUUCCCCAUGGAGUGUGGGAAGCAGUGCCUCAGAGCAAAGUCUCUUGUUUAAUGUAUAGUCUACCAAGUACUACAGUACAUAAUCUGUUCAAAAUGUGUUUGAGUGAGCUGAUGGAGCUAACUGAAAGGUCAAAAAUUACAUCCAUCAGUCAUGGUUAUGUGCAAGUCCUUGUAGAAGCUUUUAUUAAAGUCAUGCUAAAUCACAAUUACAUUUAUACCAAUACCUGAAACUUCCGCAUAUUUUUUUUCAAUUACACACACAGAUUCUGCCUAUGUAGAUAUCACACCCUUGUUUGAUUCUCAGAAGUAUCUUCAGUGGUUCAAGAUGUAUGUUUCCAUUCUGUUUCCAAAGCAUGAAAAAUGCUUUAACAUUGUGUAGUACCAGCCCUGGUUAUUUGCUUUGUGUAGUGCUUUUCAAGAGAUUUGGAUCAUAGCAAAAUUGUUUUUUUCUUUUUUUCAAUGCUCUUCUGCCUCUUUUGAUCGCUGUCUUUCAAGAACAAUAUAGCUUACUUUCCUUCAUUUGAUUGCACCUUUUUUGUGACAUUUAGCAAGUUAGGAACUUACUUCCAUAUGAGGCGAGGAAACCUCAAAUUUCAGGAAUUGGGAAAAAUAAAAUUAGCACAUGCAGAAGUAGCAGCAGAUGGGAAAAUGCCUUGAUUGACAUUUUCCUUCAGCAUUUAAAAUUUUUUGGCAUUUUACAGCUUCACGACAAACAGUUUCAAGCCCAUACCUUAGAAAAUGUGGUGCUGAGUUAAAUAAAGGCUGUUUGUGCACUGGAUCAGAAAAAUGCAUUAUUUGCAAACUGGUGGAGAAUUCUGUGCCUUCUUUUCUGGCCACCAAGCCAGUGUAAAAACAAUAAAAAUGUCAUUAAAAUCCUUAUAUUAAAAACAAAAACGAAAGCAAAAGCAAACAUUGAAUUGAGUUAAAAUUUAUCAUUUCAAACCUCAAACAAUUCGACUGAAAAUAGUUCUGUCAAAUGCCAUCAAGAUUUUAGACUGGACUUCGUUUGCAAAACUGCUUUGAGAGAAGAGUGGACAACUCCCAUCAGCCUUAUUCUCUUAAGAACUGUAUUUGGUUCCUAGUAACAGCCUUUCCAAAGCUCUACUCUUGCUUUUUAUUAUUCAUACAUGUUUAAAUUAGAAAAAAAGGGAUCUUGUACAUGUGAAACCUAAUUGACUCUCUAUAUUUUGGACAAUUUAUGUAUUUGAAAUGUUUUGUCUCUGUUAUAUGAUGUUAUUUUUGCCAGGAGACUACAGUUUGGUUUAGUUUGAUAGCUGAAAUUUGAUGGAAAACUGAUUUCCAUUUAGUCUUACCAAGUGUUGCCUCUCUCUCUUACUACACAGCCGCUUAGUUAAGUCUAAGGCGUAUGUAAAUGAAAUCAACUAAGAGAGUAGGGUUCAUUUUUAAAACAUUCUUAACGCUGAGUAACCAGUUGUUCAAUUUACUACGUGUGUCUGAAGACAUUUAAAAAAAAAAAACAUAUGAUUUUAAGAAUUGGUUGUGCCAAUGUGUGAGGAAUUUACCUUUAGGCUCUCUGUCACCAGUGAUUUCCUAGCAUUAGCUGUUUAACACAUUAUCUGUAUUUAGUAGUGAUUAUUUAUUUACAAGAUGGUGGUAAUUCAGGAGUCACUACCCCAAGCCUUUAUAGUUGAGUUGGAAUCUUGCUUUUAUUCGUUUGUCUGGCAACUGCCGUUAUCACAGACCUCUAGUGCUUGGCUUCCAAGAGAGCCUUAUGAGAUGCCAAAAUCACACCUUUAGAGAGCAGUUUGCCCUAGUGGGUGAUGCAUGAUUAAACAGUGAGAUCUGAGGGGGUUUCAGCAUUAUUUAGAAUAUGACAAAAUCAUCUUAAAUCACAUUCACCCAAUGCCAUCCCCCAAAAAAGAAACCCACACAUUCAAAAUGACUAAUGUAAUAAUACCUUGUCUCAAAUAAGUGAGGUCAAGCACACAAAAAAGAAUCAAUUUUUGGAAAUUUUAGUCAGAAACUCAAUGUCCUAUGAAUUGUUUACUGAUGAACUCUUUAAAAACCAAUAACAAAAUAAUCUUUUCAUCAAAUGUUAAUGAUGAAAAAUCUUUCCAUUAAAGUUAAAGUAGUGAGAAUCAGUGUUAGUUAUACCUAAACCAAAGUGUCCAUUAAAGAGACAUAUCAUGCAGUUUCAAAGAAUGCUUUCAUAUUGUUUCUUAAUCUGACGCACUUUUCCUUAUUGCAGACAACAUACAAAGAUUGUCUCACUACUCAAUAAAUUAAUUGACUUCCUGGUUGAGAAACUGACUUGUUUUAUAUUUUUCUAAAUUAGCUGAGAUCUUGUAAAACAUGACUUCCCUUUAAAGGAUCUAGACACUGCUCAGUCUAAAAAAUGGCACCAUAAAAAGUCAUGUAGCAAUAGAGCAGUAUGCUUGAUUAGAACCAGAUUAAAAGCUGUUUGUUGCCUAAUGGAGUAGAAGUUGCUGAGGUCAACAAAUAGACUGAGGUCUGGCAUAUCAUAUGCCCACCCAUUAUUGUCUAAUUCUAUUCUUUGACAGCAGACAGAAUUUAUCAGAGCAGUAAUUCAAAUGAGAGUUUUGGCUAUCAAGAUGUGUUGAUCUGAAAGGUAAUUGAAUGAGACGUGACUCAAGUCUGACUUUCCUGGCUCCAGGUGUUUUGCAGGUUGGCUACUCCCACUUACCAGCCCAUCACUCCAUAAGGUUCUUAGCUGCACCAAGCAAUUGGUGAACAAAGGCAACAACAACAAAAGCAGCAUACAUUGUAUGGAUUUAUCUCAACGCUAUUGUUUAAUGGCUGUGUUUAAUGUGACCUAUCUGGAAAAUGAGGACUACAAAUAAAAAGCUAUUACUAAUAG